AUGGGACUCAUCAGGCUAAUUAACGUGUAUGAGUGUGUAUUAAAGGGCCCGGAGAGCUCAGGCUGUAGCAUGUCUGACUUCCACGCAGUUCCGUCUCCGCGACCUGAAACACCGGGAAAGUUAAAUAUAAAGCCAAUAGUAAGGAAGAAUGAAGACAUUAUUCCGGAAAGAAAACGGGAGCCCUCCCCGGUCGGGCUGGCGAAAAUUUCGGCACUAGUGACAGGCCCUCCCAAGCCCAAAUCGACGCUGUCUCCAGUACCGCCCGUUGACAAGCCGGUCCCCAUUGAGGAACCAGUGGUUCCCCCAAUCCUUAAAACGCCUGGUCGACCUCGAUUGACCCCUACGAAGCCCAAAACUACCCCUAAACCCAAGAAAAUCGAGCAGCAAACGUUUAAAAAGAUAGACGAGCAUGGGAACGAAGUGUGGAUAUGUCCUACUUGUGGUAUCCAAGACGAUGGUAGACCUAUGAUCGGUUGUGACGGUUGUGAUGCGUGGUACCAUUGGGUGUGCGUCGGGAUCCAGGUACCACCUGAUGAAAACGAGAACUGGUACUGCAAACCGUGUUUAGCUAGGAAGAACGAAGACUUUCAAAGUGAUAAAAAGAGAAAACGAAAGCGGAAAGAAAAGAAGGAGCAUUGA